AAAAGACACAGAGAGGCCAUUUACACGGACAGCGCCUGACGUGCCGGCGGGGCCGAGCCUGGGGCCGUGGCGGCGGAAGGAAGCGUAGGCCCGGCUCUGCGGAGGGUGUGAGCCCGGGGGAGGAGCCUGCGCAGCCGGGCGGCUGGGCUCAGCGGCCCAGCCAUGUCCGCCGAGGAGAUGGUGCAGAUCCGCCUGGAAGACCGUUGCUACCCGGUGAGCAAGAGCAAGCUGAUCGAACAGAGCGACUACUUCCGCGCGCUCUACCGCUCCGGCAUGCGCGAGGCCGUGCGGCCCGAGGCCGGCCCCGAGGUGCAGCAGCUGCGCGGCCUGAGCGCACCGGGCCUGCGGCUGGUGCUGGACUUCAUCAACGCGGGCGGCGCGCGCGAGGGCUGGGGCCUGGCCGAAGACGAGCUGGCCGAGGCCAGCGUGCUGGCCGAGCUGGUGGAGGCCGCGUCCUUCCUGCAGGUCACGGCGCUACUGCGCCUGUUGCUGUCGCAUGUGCGUCUGGGCAACUGCUUGGAGCUGUACCGCCUGGCUCAGGUGUACGGGCUGCCCGACCUGCAGGACGCCUGCCUGCGCUUCAUGGCCCUGCGCUUCCACCAGGUGCUGUGCCAGCCGCACUUCCCGCUGCUGCUGUCGCCGCCGCCUGGUCCCGGGGAUUGCAGCCUGAAGCAGAGGCUGAGGGAGGACCGCAUGCGCGGGACCCCGGUCCUAGUGGCCCUGGGGGACUUUCUCGGGGGACCCCUGGCUCCGCAUCCCUAUCAGGGGGAACCCCCGUCCAUGCUUAGGUACGAGGAGAGCACGGAACGCUGGUUCCCGCUGGCCAACAACCUGCCCCCUGACCUGGUGAACGUCAGGGGCUAUGGCUCAGCCAUCUUGGACAACUACCUCUUCAUCGUGGGCGGGUACAGGAUCACCAGCCAGGAGAUCUCGGCCGCACACUCCUACAACCCCACCACCAAUGAGUGGCUGCAGGUGGCCUCCAUGAACCAGAAGCGCUCUAACUUCAAGCUUGUGGCCGUCAGUUCUAAGCUCUAUGCCAUCGGCGGGCAGGCCGUGUCCAACGUGGAGUGCUACAAUCCUGAACAGGAUGCGUGGAAUUUUGUGGCUCCCCUGCCAAAUCCUCUGGCUGAGUUCUCUGCCUGCGAGUGCAAGGGGAAGAUUUACGUCAUCGGCGGCUAUACCACCCGAGAUCGCAACAUGAACAUCCUGCAGUACUGCCCAUCCUCUGACCUCUGGACGCUCUUUGAGACCUGUGACGUCCACAUCCGCAAGCAGCAGAUGGUGUCUGUGGAGGAGACCAUCUACAUGGUGGGCGGGUGUCUCCACGAACUGGGGCCCAACCGCAGGAGCAGCCAGAGCGAGGACAUGCUCACUGUGCAGGCCUACAACACGGUCACCCGGCAGUGGUUCCACCUGAAGGAGAACACGUCCAAGUCGGGCCUGAACUUGACCUGUGCCCUGCACAAUGACGGCAUUUACAUCAUGAGCAGGGACGUCACCCUGUCCACCAGCUUGGAGCACCGGGUGUUCCUCAAGUACAACAUCUUCGCCGACAGCUGGGAGGCCUUCCGGCGGUUCCCAGCCUUCGGGCAUAACUUGUUGAUCUCCUCUCUCUAUCUGCCCAACAAAGCAGAGACCUGAAUGAUUUAACAGUAUUAGAAGAACGAUCUGGUUCAAGAGGGGAGGAAGGCAACCCUCUGACAUUCUGAUUCCUGAAGGGCACAGUAGAUUAACAUAGGCCAUGUAUGUCGGAGGCUUGGCUGGCUGUAAAUAAGCUUACUUGAAAACUUGGGGGAAGGACACCAACAUCACUUCUAGGCUGUUUUACAUAUCAUGGGAACAAAUGUCAUAAGUAUUCUUCCAAACCUAACAGUCUUGGGCCAACGACCAAAACUCAGCAUUAGAAAGUAGACAGCCAGGGUCUGCCCCGCAAGGGCCAAGGUCAGCAUCUGACGCAAUGGACUAUUUGGAUGGCUUUUUUUUCUUUGUUCUCCCCUCUGGGGAUGGAACCUAGGGCCUCAUGUUAGUCCUGUAAAGAUGACUUUUAAAAAAAUGCUAUUUCUUUAGGUCACCUGAGAUGUCAGGAGUAGGGGAUUUUCCUCUUUCAUGUUCAGGGUUUUUUUUUUUUGACAAAUGUUAGGAACCACCUCCUCACCCCUCUGGUCUCUGUUGUCACCCAGCUUCUCUGCUCAGGCACCUUAUUGUAUGUGUGUUUCAGGGACCCUACAGGUGUGUCCAGCCUUUUGACAUUUAGGACUUGCAUUACCGUUUAUAAAGUUCGUGUAUAAUUGAGUUAUCUUAAAAAAAAAAAAAAAACCCUUAAUGUUUUAAGUAAGGUCCUGAUGUUGAGUUAGCUAGAGUUAUAGCUGUCCUCAGGGGCCCACAAGUUGUGACUGCCUCACGUGCUGCAAUGGUAGAGCUAGACAGAGACUCCGCACAUGCAGCUGGUCCCUCCACAUACUUGGAUGAGCACACGCUAGCUACUUCUCCAGUCUGUCUGCAUUUGAGAAGGCUGCACAAGCAGGCUGCUCAGCCUCUUCGGCUGUGUGCGGCAAAUGCAGGCCUGUGUGGGCCACGGACCCUGCGUUGUGAGGUCUUUGCUUUUAGAAGAUUGCUCUUGACAUUUUAUAAAUGGAGCCUUAAAUGAGGGAGUACCGCAUAAGGAGAACACGCCUUUAUGAGUUAUUUUUAUUGAAUGUAUUGACUUAGAUCUUGUUUCAAGAUCUAAAAUUUAAAAACAAACAGACAACUUUUGCACAUCUGAUAAGGAUUCCUGCGUAGGGGCAGAUGUGCGGUCACUGUGUGCCUUUAAAGGACAGGUGGCUGUAGCUCAUUUAUUUAUGUUAGAAAGCGGGGGUGAGAUUCCGUACAGACAUGGAACGGCCUCUGCUGGCAUGUCUGAAGUGAGGUGCUGGCUCAUGGCUCUCAUGCCGACAGCAGUGUGCGACGGCUCUAGAGAUUUCACCGAGGCAGUUCAUGACGAAUAAAGGGAUCUGCCAAUUAUGGGUCCGUGUUUCUUAAAAAGACUUAAGAGCCCACUUAGCAUGCACGAGAGGCCCUGGGUUUAAUCUCCAGCACUUACAGCAACAAGGCCCUCACUUACAGGAAUUUCGAUUGAAGAGCUUUUGCUAUGACCAGCCGCUCUCUUGUAGUAGAGUCGGCUAACCGAGUCAGCAGUGGGCGGCGGGCAGUGCCCGGUCAGUGGCAGCUGCCUUACACAGUUAAGAAAGCUCCAUAGAAAAGCCAAAACUACAGACAUUCCUCUCGGUUGCUCUCCCAGUGGCUGGUCACGCCGAGGGGGAUGACAUCCCCCACCCCAAGUAUCUUCAGGGUUUCUUUACAGCCAUGCCUCUAAUAUACCCAGAGAACCUACUUAUAAAACUCCUAUUUGCACAGCUAUUUAAAAAUUCUGUGUUCGAGGCCAGCCUGGUCUACAGAAUUCUAGGACAGCCAAGACUACACAAAGAGACCCCAUCUCGAAAAACAAAACAAACAAAAAAAAAUUCUGUUUGUUUUUAUUUGGGACUUGGUGACAGAUCUCAGGGUCUUGUCACCAAAUCUAACAGGUCUGUAACCUGCUUAUAGUGCCGUUGGAAAUUUGCAGGCCAUUGCGUUAUAGCCCAGGAUAACCUCAAAGUCAGGAUUCUCGGCUCGGCCUCCCCACUGCUGGGACUGUAGGCAUCGAGCAACCCUGCCUUUCUAUCUUUUUCCAUUAUUUUUUAAAACUGUUUAUGCUGGGUUCUUUUCAAAAAAACAAAAACUCCGAACUGAAAUCGUCACCAAAAAGUGGUACUUAUAUAAUAGAUUUAAUUUAUAUUUCGCUGUAGAACUGAGUUUCGGGGAAUCUAUGAUUUCACUACUGCACCUUAGAAUCCAAUUUAUGUUCAUCACUGUGACUCUCCACGUCUUCACUGUAUGCAGCCCAACCCCAUAUUCGGAGAUGAUGGGAGUUGAGUUAGCGUUGGGCAGAGAUGGGCGGUUAAAGGAACAUCAUUGUGUCUGCCAGUCAACCACUUCUCUUCCCGAGCGCCGUCUUUUGGGCGUAUUUACUAAUGCCAGCAACUUGGACCAAAUGGAGGUGUGCCACUAUCAUCUGCCAAGCUCGUAGGAACCUGGCCUGGUAGGUUGCCCUUGAACAGUCGGUGGGUAUGAGGAUCCAGAUGCACAGACUACCAACAGAAUUUUGUUAUUCUUGCUGCUAGCAGUGCUUAGGGAAGGACUGGGUGGCUGUUAUGGUAUCCAUCUGCCUGCACCCUUCACCCGUGUGGGCGUUUUGAUAGCUAGAGCUUCCUUCUGCUGGUACUAGUUGGAGGCUUCAGCCAAUGGCUGUGUCUUUGAAACCCUUUCCGCCUUCAGGCAGCUCCUUAGAUGAUACUGUCUUUUUAUUUCCUUCCCGUUCCCUAUUGCCUUACCCACCCCCAGAUGUUUCUGAGGGGUUCUGACUCCCACUGUGUGGAAUGUCUGGCAGGACACCCAGAGGGAGCUGCCUUCCAGAAGAGUCUGGUGCGUGGGUUGGUGGAGGAGCCCUGACGUCGGUGCUCCGACUUGAGAGGCUCCUCACCUCGGUACCCUGGAAAGGUUCUGAGAUGAUAGUGUGAGAACCCAUAGCUUCUUCAGUCUGCUCUAAAAUGUAGCGUCAAAGAAUCUGGAAGGCUGGGGAUGCCGGCCAGAAACAAAAGGCUUAAGAUGAAGCAUGAAACCAAAGAAGACUUUGACCAUGGUGUUUUCUGUUUUGUUUUGUUUCUAAAACCAAGAACCCGAGAAAUUCCAAAGGCCUUAGGUUUGCAUUCAAGCUGAGGGAAGGAGAGCGUACUGCAGACAGAGGUAAAUGUGUCCUUGUGCUAAAGUUGUUUAGGGGUGCCAUCUGCAGAUUCCCGGGUAACAUUCAAGCCUGUUUGGCCAAAGAGGUAAAUGGAGGCAGAGCUCUGAUGUCUUUGUCAACCGGUGUUUAGUGAGUAUGGCUUAGCGCUGCUGACCUAAGGGUCUGCUAAGGGCUUGUUCUAGACCAGGGGUGGGGAGUAUCAGGUGUGUGCCCCUCACUGUCUGCUAGUGUUUGCUCUCAGAAGACCUGAUAGCGCUACCAGACAUCCCUGCCAGCCCGCCAGAGUGGAGUGAGUUACCAUUUCCCACCCCUGCAUCAGAGACAGUGGCUGGGCAUGAAGGGAGCCGUGAUUUCAGGAAGCAGUGAGCUGUGUCAACUCCAUUCCCUGGUGACCAGAAACACUUGAAUGUCAGUGCAAGACAGUGCUGAGCCCAGAACACCGACCAAGCCGUCCUCACUCUCAUUUCAACCAGGGUGUCGUCAAAGAUGUCCGCUUUAGUCGUGCACACUGGGCCCUGUCUGGCGGCCUCUCACAUCUUGGCCCAAUCUUCCCACUGCCUCGUGAUUUAGUAGUAAUCCCGGGAGCUGGUUUGUCCAUAAAUCUGAGCACGUCCCAUGUUUCGGUUUUUUACUAUAUGCUUUUUUUAAAAAAGUUAACUACUUUUUAUAAUCCUUGCAUUCCACAGUUUGUGCAAACACAAGAGUGAUGUAGAACCUGUUUAGAGUUCACUCCGCACUGUAGCCUGGCAGAUGGCUCUGAUGAAGGGGAAGGGAGGCUGCUGGGUAAGGGUUUGGUGUGAGCAAGCUCAGCACUGGCACCUUUGGGACCGUGCCUUUAAAACAUUCCCUUGGAAGGCCUCAGCAACAACCCCUCAGACACGCUGUGCGCUGAUUGGUUGAGUUUGCCCAGUGCCCUCCCACUCGAUAUCCUUGUACGUGUUUGUUCUUCACUUUCUUCUGUUAGUUUGGGAACACAACAGGAAAUUCAUAGCCACGCUGCCAGCUUGACACAGCCAUCUUCACCCAUUCCUACAGGAAGCUCGUGAAACGUCCAAGAGGAUCCAUUCCAAAGAGCCCGGGGUGCUUAGUGUUUCCGUAGGGCUGGUUGGUGCUUUACAUAGUUUGUCACUGGCAAAGCAAAGGAAAAUGUGACUUGCGUUCUGUGUCACUUCAUGGUGGGCGUUUCACUGCCCCCUCCAGUAUUUCUUCCCUAGUUGUCUUUUUUAUGAAAAAGGAUGAUCUUUAAGUUGUUCUGUUAUGACCAACACUUUCUUUGUUUGAAAGGUUAUAUUUUGGAGUGUGGAAUAAACACACACGUCGACAUUGUCACAAAACCACAAUGAUUGUGUGUCUCACACCUGUGAACCACAGCGCUGCAUUCAUUUUGUUUCUUUGGACUAUGGAAGGAACUGUCUUAGAAUAAAAUGAUUCUCGAUCAGC